GCCAUAUAUUGGAGUGAAUGGCAGUGAAUGGCAUUGAAGUGUUGUAUGCAUUGAAUGCGUGAAUCACUGAAUCAUUGCAUUCAAUGUGUUGUGUCUCUGAGUCUCUCGUAUCGUAUGAAAGCGUUUGAGAAAAAAGGUCUCAUUUAUUGUAUCUCUGGUUAUCAUCUGAUUUGGUCCACCCAUCGCACCAUUCAUCAGACAUCACUGCCAAACACCCCGUCAUUUGAACAACACAUCACAUCACAAACCAAUCGCCGUUUGAUUCAAUCGUUUGUGUGAUAUAGUGGUCAACGAAAUGCUGAAUUUGGGCGAAAUCUUUCCCGACGUGUCGUCCCAGUCGACGGCCGGUGCCAUCAAUUUGUACGAGUAUUUGGGCGACAAUUGGGCUCUGGUUUUGUCGCACCCGAAGGACUUCACCCCCGUAUGUACAACAGAAAUCGCACGAUUGGCUCAAUUGAGACCCGAGUUUGAGAGACGAGGCGUCAAAGUAGUGCUCAUUAGUUGCGAUUCAGUCGAUGACCACAACGCCUGGGCUCAAGACGUGGCCCACUAUUGCGGAUCUCAAGUGCCAUAUCCUAUCAUUGGUGAUGAAAGCGGACAAAUUGCCAACCGAUUAGGAAUGUUGGAUAAGGACUCGGAUAAGAUGGUGACAGUGCGGGCAGUGUUUGUGAUCGGACCGGACAAGAAAGUGAAGGCAAUAAUCAGUUAUCCGGCGUCGACGGGACGUAAUAUGGAUGAGAUCUUACGACUCAUCGAUUCGCUGCAAUUGACGGCCAAACGCACGGAUGUGGUCACUCCUGUCGACUGGAAGGUCGGCGGCGAUCUCAUUGUCAAACCCGGCGCUAACAUUGAGGGCCAGACUGUGAUAGGACUGCCCUCAGGAAAGGAUUACUUGAAAUUUGUUAAGAAUUAACAAAACCCUAUGAAAUCCCGUGAACUUCAAAGAAAUUGAUAUUUUAUUACAUUAAAGAAAUUGUUUUUUAUACGAACGUCACAUAAAAUCGAUUUUUUCUCAGAUAUCAGUCCCAAACGAUUAUUCACUUAAACUUAUUAUUAAAUAACAAAUUAUUCUCUUUACGACUUUCAUAGGUAACUAUAGAUUUUGUAAACGACUUACCGGUAAAUGAUAUUUAAUACAUAAAAUGUUAUUUCUUUCGCAAUACAUCAC